CAGCACAGAUAAGAGAAGGAUCAAGAGAGAACACGGAAGCCCUGCUCUCCUCCUCCAACGCGCGGCUGCUUUUCUUUCUCCUCGUUCUUGUCCUCCCUCGUUCUAUUUACUCGACUGUGUGGAUCGGUCAUGGGCAAGGUGAAGCCCACGGGGCCGUUGUCACGGCGACCGGAUAACUCUGCGUUCAAGCAGCAGCGGCUGCCGGCCUGGUCUCCGGCGCUCAGCGCACACACACUGCUGCCGCUCUUCUACGGCCUGGCCGUCCUGUGCUUCCUGCUGGGCACCUGGCUCCUCGUCACUGUCCAGAACACGCACGAGAUCAAGGUGGAUUAUACCAGUAAGGGCACGUGUGAAAAGUGCUACGAGUUACGGAAGCACCGUGGAAAUGCCACAGUACGAUGUACCUGUCAGGUGGAGUUUGACAUCCCGGAGAACAUUACGGGGGACGUGUUCCUCUACUACGGCCUGGUCAACUUCCACCAGAACCUCCGCCUCUACAUGGACUCCAGAGAUGACGCUCAGAUGGUGGGCAGGAAGAACAAACUGAAGUCCCCCAGUUCAUACUGUAAGCCGUUUGAUAUGGUGGGUGGUGUUCCCAUUGCCCCUUGUGGAGCCAUUGCCAACAGCAAGUUUAACGACUCGUUUACUCUGCGCUACCAGGGGACGGAUGUCCCUCUGUUCAGGAAGGGUAUCAGCUGGUACACCGACGAGAACGUCAAGUUCCGCAACCCCCCCACGAACGACACGUUCAACCUCAAACAGGCCUUCGAGGGUACCGCUCCACCUGUUUACUGGCAGAAGCCAGUGUAUGAGCUGGACCCGCUGGACCCCAACAACAACGGCUUCAUAAACGAGGACCUGAUCGUGUGGAUGCGCGAGGCCGCCUUCCCCAACUUCAAGAAGCUCUACGGGGUCCUCAACCGCUCACGACCACCGUUCCUACAGGGCCUUCCCGCCGGGAUAUACACCGUGGACAUAGACUACAACUUCCCGGUGGAGCACUUCCGGGGCAGGAAGCAGGUGGUGCUGUCGACGGUCACCUGGUUCGGGGGGAAGAAUCACUUCCUGCCCAUCGCCUACCUGGUGACCGGAGCCCUGGUCCUCAUCACCGCCGCGGCCCUCACGGCCGUCUACUGGAAAGUGGGCAAGGAUGGACAGAACAUGAAGGAACUGUGAGAGGGGGGGGGAGGGAGAGAGGAGUGGAUGGACAGAACAUGAAGGAACUGUGAGAGAGGGGGGGGGAGGGAGAGAGGAGUGGAUGGACAGAACAUGAAGGAACUGUGAGAGAGGGGGGGGGAGGGAGAGAGGAGUGGAUGGACAGAACAUGAAGGAACUGUGAGAGGGGGGGGGGGGGGGAGAGGAGUGGAUGGACAGAACAUGAAGAAACUGUGGAGGGGGGUGGGAACAGAGAGAGAGAACAGAGAGAAUAGAGAGGAUGGAGCGAAAGGGUGGAAAGAACAUCAGAGAGAAAGAGAGAGGUGGAAAGAGAGAGAGAAAGAGAAUGAUAGGAGGAGGGUUGGAAAAAGAUGGAUAGAUAAGUAGAGGUAAGAAGAGAGAGAAAGAGAGAGGGGUGGGAGGAGGAGUGCACAACAGGGGGGUUAGGGAGGUGGGCUGUGGUGACAGACCCAGCUGCAGAAGAGAUUGACCAAUGGGAGGAUGACAGGGGCAUUCAACUGUAUUUUAUUGAGAAUCUAAUUGGGAGAUUAAAAUGUUGAAGUUUGAUGUGUGAUGUUUACAUACAAAUGUUUUCUACUGUACUGUCUGUGAAUGAUGGAAUUUUGAGAUUUUGUGAGAUUUGUAAAAUAUUCACUGAAUGUAGAAUAUGUAUCCUAAAAAUAAAUGAUGUGGACACUAUGUUAGGGCAGAUACAAAUGUAUUUUAAUUAUGGAUAUGAUUUAAUAAAGAGUUAGCUUGUUAAAAAACAA